AUGAAGUACCAAGUUCUCCUGCUGGCCGCCUCGGCCGCUAACAUGGCCUUCGCCAAGCCCGUCAAGGGCUGCUCUGCCCGCAGCCGUAGCACGAAGAUCAUCACCCACACCCAGACGGGCACCCAGGCCCCGGUCCAACCGACUCCGAUCGUCCAGCCGUCCCCCGUCGAGACCCCCGCCGAGCCGUCGGCACCCGCCACCACCCCCGAGGCCUCUCAGGCUCCCGAUGAGGCCGCAGCCCCCGCUAGCUCCUCGACCUUGAGCGCUGCCAGCAGUCCCUCUGCUUCCUCUGCACCGAUCAGCGCCGCUGCCACCUCGGGCGAGUCCACCUUUUACGGCGGCAACACCUCCGGCGGGAUGUGCUCCUUCUCCACGUACACCAUCCCAUCCGGCCUGUACGGAACCGCGUUCUCGGGCUCCGCCUGGAGUUCUGCCGCGAACUGCGGUGCUUGCGUGAAGGUCACCGGCCCUAAGGGAACGAUUACCGCAAUGGUUGUCGACCAGUGCCCUGAGUGCGACGCGGGCCACCUCGACCUCUUCCAGGACGCCUUCGCCAAAAUCGGAGACAUCUCCGCCGGCAAGAUCCAGACCUCGUACGAAUUCGUCGAUUGCGGUAUCAGCUCGGCGAUCAAACUGCACAACAAGUCCGGCACCUCGUCCCAUUGGUUUUCCAUGCAGGUCCUCAACCACAACGAGCCCGUCGCUUCCCUCGAGGUUAGCACGGAUGGUGGAAGCACCUGGCAGAAGACUACUCGUCAGCAGUACAACUUCUUCGAGAACUCGAGCGGCUUCGGUACCGAGACUGUCGAUGUCAAGGUGACCAGCAAGUCUGGAAAGACUGUGACUGUGAAGGAUGUCAGCGUCGCCGCCGACUCGGAGGCUUCGGCGUCGGGCAACUUCUAA